GCGGGACUUCCGCAGGGAGAACUUCCCCUGGAAAUGCCGGGAACGGGGGGGGCUCCCCUCGAGCAGGGAGCCCCAAACCCGGGGAUUUCCUCCCGGGGAGCGGCGAGGAGAGGGAAGAUCCCCGAGGAUGGGGGGAAAGGGACCCCCGGCUGCAGCAUGAGGGGGGUUUGGGGCAGAGCUGCAGCGUUUUGGGGCAGAGCUGCAGUGCUUUGGGGCCGAUCUCACCGCGGCCAUCCCCUCACCCCACCAGAGGGAACUGGGACCAGCCGGACCCAUCCCCUCACCCCAAAAACGAUCCUUCCCCGCCCUCACCCCCCCCGAUUUCCCGUCCUCCGGCAGACCCCCGGUGCUCCGCCAGGAGUUAAUUGGGGCCGCGUGGUCCUCGGGGGCUAGGACAGCAAUUAACAACCUAAUCCCGCCCGGGAGCCCCAUCACGCAUAUUAAAAGUGGGAUUUUCCGCGUGGGAUGCUCGGGGAAGGGGAGCAGCACUUCCAGCAAAGCUGCUUAGGGGCUAAAGCUUUAUGGAGCGAGCCAGGGGCAGUGAUGGGAUUUGGGGGGGCCGAUUAACGGGGACCCGGGGCCGCCACCGAGGGCAAGGCAGGCGCGGGGAAGGAAAAUCUCCCACCGGGAAUCGCCAGCCCCCUUUUGGCACCCCCGAUGUGGCAGUCGGGGUGGGGGGUGUGACAAGAAGGGGUUCAGGGGUGGGAGUAACCCCGAAAUGGGAUGGGUGGAAGCUCUGGGAACAUUGCUGGAGCUCGGGGAGAGGCGUCAGCGUCUCCUGGAUAAAAUCCUCAGGAAAUGGAGCGGGAAAUAGGUGGAAAACAGGAAUCCACAGGUGCUGGGAGCGGGCAGAAACUGCCGCUGUGUCUGGAGGGAGACUUUCCCGUCGCGCUGAGGAUUCUCCCUCUGGGAUCCGUCCCCACGUCCCCGUCCCUCCCUUGCAGAUGCCCCAGAGCCGCUCCAAGCCCUCGGACAUGGCCGAGCUCGUCAGCAGCCAGGCCUGGAUGGGCGAAAUGCCGGGAGCCAAGGCCGAGCUGAAGGAGCAGGGGGACGCCAGGAGCGCUCCCUUCGCGCUGCUGCCCGCCCUGGCCGAGGAGCACGACAGCGUGGAGGAGGAGGAGGAGGAGGAGGAAGAGGACGGCGAGAAGCCCAAGAGGAGGGGUCCGAAGAAGAAGAAGAUGACCAAGGCCAGGCUGGAGCGGUUCCGGGCGCGGCGGGUCAAGGCCAACGCCCGGGAGCGCACGCGGAUGCACGGCCUGAACGACGCCCUGGACAACCUGCGCCGGGUCAUGCCCUGCUACUCCAAAACGCAGAAGCUCUCCAAGAUCGAGACGCUGCGGCUGGCCAGGAACUACAUCUGGGCCCUGUCCGAGGUGCUGGAGACGGGGCAGACGCCCGAGGGGAAGAGCUUCGUGGAGAUGCUGUGCAAGGGGCUGUCGCAGCCCACCAGCAACCUGGUGGCCGGCUGCCUGCAGCUGGGCCCGCAGCCGCUCUUCCUGGAGAAGCACGAGGAGAAGCCCUGCGAGGCAGCGCUGGCCGGCCACUCCUUCGGCUACCAGGGGCUGCCCAGCCCCCCCUACGGCUCCAUGGAGUCCCACCUGCUGCACCUGAAGCCGCCGGCCUUCAAGAGCCUGGUGGAGGCUUCCUUCGGGAGCCACCCCUCUGACUGCUCCACGCCCCCAUACGAGGGGCCCCUGACGCCCCCCCUGAGCAUCAGCGGCAACUUCUCCCUGAAGCAGGACGGCUCCCCGGAGCUGGAGAAGUCCUACCCCUUCGUGGCCCACUACCCCUCGGUCAGCCUGGCCGGAGCCCACGGGCACGGCUCGCACUUCCAGAGCUCCGUGCCCCGCUACGAGAUCCCGCUGGACGUCGCCUUCGAGUCCUUCCCGCCCCACGCGGCCGGGCCCCAGCUGGGCGCCAUCUUCAACGAGUAGCGGGGCCGGAGGCGGCUUUGGGGCAGGGAGCCGUGCCCGGGAUGGACGCGGCUGGGCAGGGACCCGGAGCAUCUCUGCAGGACGUGGCCGGUGCCACCGCCGCUGUCCCAGCUGUCCCCGGGAGCCGCGGGAGCCGUUCUGGACUCUGAGCGGUCACUGCUGCGUCCCCCAGAGAUGCUCCCGAUGUUUCCACCUCCAGGAGUCCAUCCCAACAUCGAAUCCCUGGAUCGUCAAUCCUCUCCCCAUCCCCCCUGGUGUGGGGACACAGCCCCUCCUGCCCCCUGGGGUGGCCACUGUCCCUUCCCCGUUUGGGGUCACGGAUUUCCCAGUCCAGCAGCGGCAGGGUGGGAAUGAGCCGGGCACUUCUGGGAAACCAGCAUGGGAGCUCCCAGCCCAGGGAGAAACUGCCAUCAUGGAUGGGGGACAGUGUCCUGGGAUGGGGGGAAAGUGCCCUGGAAUGGGGGGACAGUGUCCUGGGAUGGGGGGAAAGUGCCCUGGAAUGGGGGGACAGUGUCCUGGGAUGGAGGGACAGUGUCCGGGGACAGUGGUCCACUGCCCUGUGAUGGUGGCCCGUCAUCCAUGCACAUCCCAAUCCCUUACCCGGGGUCACCACGGUCCAGCCAGGCCCUGUGGCCAUCCCUCCACUGCUCCCCUCCCCAGCCUCAGCCCCCUGUGCCCCACAACAGACCCGGGAACCUCGGAUGGGAUCCCGCUGAUCCCUCCCAGAGUCCCAAUGGGAUUGGGAUCCCGCUGAUCUGGAUGGGAUCCCGCUGAUCUGGAUGGGAUCCCGCUGAUCUGGACGGGAUCCCGCUGAUCCCUCCCAGAAUCCCAAUUCCAUUGAGAUCCCGCUGAUCUGGACGGGAUCCCGCUGAUCCCUCCCAGAAUCCCAACUGGAACAGGAGCCCCCGACCCCCUCUCCCUUCCGGGGCCUCGUCUCCUCUGGGUUCACAGCGUCCCCUCCCCUGCUCCGAGUCCUGAGCGCCAACAAAAACCUUAAUUCCUGCUUUAUUUAUUAAUUACUGUGUGUGAGGAGUCCUAAUUUAUUUCCUUCUGUUUUCCACGGAAAUCUGGGAUGUGCCCAAGGUUUUUCCCCCGCCGCCUCCCAGGCUCGUAGUGGGAAUUCCCUGCCUGGAGACCCGCUGGAUUUUGCCGUGCUGGUGCUCCGGGGUUAUUUAUUAGCCAUUAUUUAUUUAAUUUAUUUCCCUCACCACCUGAUUUUUUUUUUUUUUUUUUUUGCUGGUGAUAAACCCCAGUGUUUCCACAUUUAAUGCCACACUCGGUAUAUUUAACGGCCAUUCCACGGAUUUGGGAUCCUGCCGACAGGAUUGGGAUCCUGCCGACAGGACUGGGAUCCUCCCGACUCCUCUGUGCAUUUUGAGACGAGCAAUAACUUUUAAACGCUAUGCAACGGUUUUAUUUUUUUGUUUCUCAAAGAAAACCCAGGCAACUAUUUUUGGUGUCCCACUGGCCUCGCCAGCCCGGUUGGCCAAAUCUCCCUGGUUUUGUACAAAGUUGGGAAUUUGGAGAUGAUUGGAGGUCCCUGCCCAGCCCCCGGGUCCUGGGGCUUCUUCCCUUUUGUACUGAAAAUGUUUUAUCCUUUUGUAAAGAGAGCAGAUUUGGGGUUUUUAGCUGAAAUAAAGUCGUGGUCUUGUUUCAAGCA